AUGCCUGGCGGUAAUAAGAAACGGAAGUAUAUUCAGGCGAGAGAUCCUGCCACUGGCAGAUAUUGUGCCGCGCCCAAACCUGAACCUCCAGAUCCAGCAACGGCAGCCAAAACAGUGUUCGAAGAACAGUACAAUGUACUACUUGAUAAAACUCAUCAUGAUAAAGAAGAGUACCUGGAGGAGUUGAAACGGGAGAAGUCCAAAUUUGAGCAGAAAGAAAGGGAGGUCGAAGAACUUGAACGAGAAGUUGCAAGAUUGACUGAAAACAGCAGAGAUAUUGACAGGCAGAAGCAGGAGCUUGAAGAGAGAUUGGAACGUCUCAAAGAGGUCGAGCAGCAAAAGCAAGAAGCCGAAAAGAUUAGACAAGAACAAGAUAGGAGAGUAGCACAUCUGCAGGAAAUAGUUCGGGAACAUGGUCUGGAGGAAAACAGCAACAUUGCAUGGGACGGCAAUUUCAAAGAAAAAUUGAAGAGGGAGUUUCGGGAUCGACGUUCGAACUUUUACACCAGCGUUAGGGUACUAAUUGUUAGAUGGGCUUUGGAUGAUUUAGGUCUUUCUGGACCAGUCGACAAUUUGGCAAAAGUAUUCGAAAAAUCAUACAGGUUCAACGUGGCGAAGUUCACCAUACCAGAUGUUGAUCCGGCGAAUGCAUUGUCUAGCCGAGUCCGAGAGUCUAUAGGAGAUGAUUCUCCGGAUACACUUCUCAUCUUUGUGUACAUUGGCCACGGAAACAUUGAAAACAAGAGCCAUGACGCUAUUUGGUCCGGAAGAUCUGGUGGUCCUGGUAUGGUUUCUAGUGGUAUCCAGACCCUCCUCGAGGAGUCUAAAUCAGAUGCCCUUCUGUUGUACGACACGUGCCAUUCUGAAAAUACUGCUAUAUCCCUCAGCCCUUCAGCAGGAAGUGUAACGGAGUUAAUCGCGGCAUGUGGAUUUGAGGCAACUACCCGGUCGGGCAACAACUCUUUCACGGCCGUAUUUACACGCGAGUUAUCUUCUGCUGCAACACAAGGAGCUGUGUCGGUUUCUAGACUGUACAAUCGAGUACUUGCUCGUCUGAGAAAUAAUCGGGACCGCAAAACAAAUGCGACACCCGUUCGUUGCACGUUGGUAUCCGACGACGAUCGGACAUCCAUCAUACUCGAACCGUUAUUGCCACCCCCAGUCACCACGUCUCACCAGUCUUCAGAACUGUCAGAUGGCGUGAAUGCAGUGUACAAUAUUGGAAUUGUAAAAAGAGGAUUGAAAAUGGGUGACACUUCUGGCUUUUUGGAAUGGCUGUUGCGAGCUCCAUCUAAUGUUAUCGACAUCCAACUACAUCGCAUCCACAUUCAAAAGCAAACCUCAUCGAUCAACGGUCACGAAUCUUCGCAUGAUGGUCAUGAGCCUUGA